ACUUCUCUUUAGUUUUUAACAAACCAGGGCACAAAGAUGACUAUCGAGAACAUCAGUGAACCAGUCAGACCUUCACACUGGUAAAUGAGACAUCAGGACAUAAGUCUGUCAGGUAUGAGCAAAUGUGUCUGAAGGAAUCAGCUAAACUUCCCAGAGGAAACACUGUAUGUUAAACUACCACCUGCUGUAUUCACUGAUGGCAUUUCUAUGGGACUGUCUGCUCGCUCUGUUUCCAUCACUGCUUCUUCUGCUGCUGUCUCUGGCUGUCCGCUGGCCAACAGUACGUCGUUGGAUAAGGCUGGCUGUCGAGGCUGCAGGCUGGAGACUCUGGCUCGUUAUUUGUCUGAUCCUGAAGCUGCCACUAGACAGGAAUACAAAAACAUGGACGAAGGAGGAUGGAUCACCAGGGACAGAUGUCUUGUCUGGGUCAGGUCAGGCCUCAGAGGGUCCCAUGCUUAUCUGUAAAACCACUGCACUGGCCAGAUAUAUGCUCCAGCACUGUGGCUCUCUGGCCAGGCCAAGACUGGCUUACUGGCCCAGGGGAGACCCCCAUCUCCAGACUCUGUCCAGCAUGCUGUGUGAACAACAUGGAGACACAUUACAGUUCACUAGAGAUCAUCUGUUAUUGAGAGAUGGGGGGGUUGUAGCUGUGGACUGGGCUGUGGAAACAAGACCUGGUGAGGCUGCUGGGAGGAAGAGGUGGGAGGGGAGGAAGGAGCAUCAGUCAGGGGGAAAGGCGCUGGGCUGCUUCACCACGACCCCUCCUGUCCUCCUCAUCAUCCCUCAGUCCUGGGGAGGAAUGACGGCCCACCUAAGGGUGCUAUGCCAUCAGGCCAUGCGUCAGGGCUUUUAUGUGGUGGUGUUUCAUGCACGAGGCACAGGGGGCUGCCCGCUGACCACAGCACGACUGACUGAGUUUGGAGACCCAGCUGAUCUUGAGCAGACCGUGGCGUAUGUCCACAGCCGCCACCCGUCCUCUGCGCUGGUCGCAGUGAGUGAAGGUUCAGGCUCAGGGAUUCUUCUUUCCUACCUGGGAGAGUCUGGAUCAAGUUCUUACCUUACAGCAGCUGCAGCCAUCUCACCUGUGCUCCUGGGCCAGCUGUGGUUUGAAACAGCCCUGCCUCCCAUUUAUCGCUGCUGGGGUUUGUUUCAGAGGAAAAUGCAGCUCAGCAGAUAUGCAAGUUCCUUCAGAGGAGUCCUGGACGUGAAUCAGGUCCUCAAAUGUUCCACCCUCAGAGACUUUGAGGAAACUCUUUUCUGCUCCUCAGCCCAGCUUCAUCACAGGGCCUCCAGACCUCUGAAUUCUGGACUGAGUUCAGGUUCUCAUUCCCCGCAUGGCCUGGCACCCUCAGUGCCCUGGGCACUGGGUGAGAGGGCUUACCCAGCCCAGGACUGGGACAGUUACUGGGAGAGGAACGAACCACUCAGAGAUGCAGAUGAGGUGGCGGUCCCUGUGCUCUGCAUCUGCAGCAGAGAUGACCCUCUCCUCCCGCCUGCCUCCACUUUGCCACUUCCCCUUUUCCAGAGCAAUCCUUAUUUUCUCCUGGCUUUGACAAACAGAGGAGGGCACUGUGGAUUCACUCUAGAGCACAGACAAGGAAGGGAAGGAGGGAGGACUGAAAAGGAGGAGGUGGGGGAUGAUAACUGGAGUCAUAUUGCAGUUCUGGAGUACUUCAGAGUAGUGGCUGAUUUCCUGAAAGGGGAAGAGAGCGAUGGGACGAGCCUUGGUGGUACAUUAAGAGAACACAGUCAGGCUGUGCAGAGGAGCAGGAGCAGCAUCAUGGCUCCCCCUCGCAGGAGGAGAGCCACCAUGAUGAGGAGACAGAGACUGGAGGCAUCUGAACAGAGCAGUGAGGACACAGAGGAAGGGAACUUCACCUGGAAGAGAUCCUACACUCGCUGAGGAGGAAGACAUGGUAAAGGAUGAGAUCUGCAUAGAGAGAUUUUAUUGACUUUGGGGUUUUUUCCUCUCAAGCUGCAGCUUCAGACACUAAGAUGAAGAUAAUAAGAUGAAGAGAGGAAGCUAAAUUAGCAAAAUUGAUCAAAAGGACAUGUGACCUGGGUCUGUGAGUUCUGGGCCUGCACCAGGGUCUCCACCCAGUUGGACAUACCUGGAACACUUCCAAAGUAAGGCACCCAGGGGGGAACCUAGCUACCAAGCCUGGGGACGCCUCAGGAUCCCACAGGAGGAGCUGGAAUGUGUUGCUGGGGAGAAGGCCUGAUAAACUUGCUGCCACUGACCCAACCCCAGAUAAGAGGAAGAGGAUGGAUGGAUAGAUGGAUGGACGGACAUAUGACCUUUGCUAAAGACAAACAAAGAGGACCUGUUUACAGAACUUCCCUUGUUUGAAAUGUGUGUGGCUGCAGUUUGCUUUAAAGUCCCUGAGUCUACAAAACAAAACAGUCUGAAGGUACACACACUUCCUUUUAUGGCUUUUAACUUGAAACAUUUCAUUUUCCAUGAAUUGUUUGUAAAAUACUGACAACUAAACAAAUUGUGGAAUAUUUCAUGCAUUGUUUUUUUGCAGCUUUAGAUAUUUUUUAAUGCUAGUGGAGAUAAUCUAGUUUUCAUACAGAUUUCAACAGGAUUAUAUAAUACACAGAAUUACUGGUCGUACUGGUUUGCAUGAAUCAAACAGGGACAACGUGUCACAGAUACCGAGUUUGAAGAAAGAUUGACAUUUUAUUCAGUUUGAAAGCCUCACAGGAAUAUUAUACUGUAGAAAAUGUCUCACAAUGUCAAUACUGGACCUAAGAAAUGAGCAACAGUGACUUUAUUUUUAUUUUUACAUGUUUGAGCCCAUACUAUAUAUCUGUAUCAAAAGAUUAUGAAGCUCUUAACUUAUUUUUUGAGUAAUCAUUGAAAAAUCAUAAAAUCAUGGACUAGUAGAGAAAGUGCAGUGCUGUAUAAUUAGACAAGUAUGACAAACCAUAGAAAGUAUAUAUUAAGUUAUGGAGGUUGGCACUGUCACCUCACAGCAAGAAGGUUCCUGGUUUGAACUUCAGCUGUGGCCUUUCUGUGUGGAGUUUACAUCUUCUCUCUGGGUACUCUCCACAGUCCAAAGACAUGCAGGUUAACAGGUUUAUUGGUGACUCUAGAUUGUCUGUAGGUAUGAAUGUGAAUGGUUGUUUGUCUCUAUGUGCCCUGCGAGAAGCUGGUAGCUUGUCCACAGUGUAUGACGCCUCUCACUCAGUCAGCUGGGAUAGACUUCACUCACAAAAACACCAUGGGACAAAGAAAUAUUAAAAUUACUUUAUUACAGAUGAUUCUUUAUCCAGUAGCCCUCUUCCAACAAAAAAUAGUAAUUACAAACAAAAUAUUACAUUUAUCCCCUAAACUUUGUUUCUGAAUUUCUUUUAUACAUUUUAAAUCACUGUCAUCUGUAAGGAAUAGCUUCUCUCUUCUGCUAUGCGACAUUCAGCUUUUUGCACAAUCUAUACAAUUUAAUACAGUUUGAUACAGGUCUCUGGACUACGGAGAAUAAAACAGCAAGAUCCACCAAAUGACAGGAGAUAAAGGGAAUACUGAUAAACAGACUGUACAGAGACGUAACCCUGCCUCCCACCUAACUUUCAGCCAAUGGCAGCCGUCCCUCAGCGCACUGAGGGGGGAUCACAGUAGACUCUUUAACCUGGUCAAUCACUUGUGCAAUCAGUGUAACUGAUCCAGUUCAGAGUGACCAAGGUCUAAAGCUAGACUCUGCCCCGACUGCCUCGCAAAACACCCGGGAGUCCUAGUAAACACGAGAGGUCUAAAAAUCUGCCACUGGUUUGGCCCUCUGCAGACAUCAUGUGGGAAAUAAAACCGAGCCUCUCUGGCAUAAAAUGAAAUAAAACACUGCAGAACUGGAACAGGAAGGUUGAUAAAAACAUGUCAGGUACAAUGGCAUACUGGCUGAAGAGAGAGGGACCACCAAGUCCUGAUAUUUUUUUUCUUUUUUUUAGUUUUCAGAUUUGACCUAAGAAAAUCAGGACUGUCAGUUCUGAGUGCAGGGUGGUGAGAUUUCUUUUUAAAAAAAGGCAAGAACUUAAGUGCAGUGUGAAAAUGCUCUGUGUACCCCCAACGAACGAUGCCGUGAUUCUUCA